ACGCUCGGGCAGCAGCACUCGGUUCUCUCGGUAACGUUACGGUUCUCACAAACCCACCGUGCGCGGCCGUCCUCGAUGACACAUGCAGCCUUUUUAAACCGAACUCGUCCAUUUUAAUAUUUUAUGAGCCCCAAAAUGUAAAUAAACCGUCUGUUUUCGCCUGGGUGUUCGUGUAUUUCCCGGUCCGUCCGCUGAUGCGUUCCGCGUGUUAGAGCGCUCAGGGCGGCGGCGGUUGUAAAGGGUCUGAUGGAGUAACGGUUUAUUUUCUCCGUCUGUCCGGUCGGUUACGGUCAGACCUCCGCCCUCAGCGCGAAAUGCUGAGUGUGGACGCCCUGCAGGUGGCCGAGGAGGAGGUGGUGGUGGAGGAGCCGAGCUCCAGCCGGCUCGGUGAUAUCUACAUGCUGGUGGCGGAGGGCUGCUACCCGCAGGCCAUGAACCCCAUCCGGAAAAAGAACCUCAAACGAUACGCGCAGAAGUUCAUCAUCGACGAUGGCCGGCUGUACUACGUGGGUCCAAAGAAAGAAGAGAAGCGUGAAGUGGUGAUCGAAGCAGAGCGAAAGAGGCAGAUAUUCCUGGAGUGUCAUUUCAACGAGAUCGGCCAUCACCUGGGACAGAAGAAGACGGUCCACAGGAUCCAGAGCAAGUACUACUGGCUCGGCAUUGUGAAGGAUGUGGUGGACUGGAUCAAGCUGUGUGAGACGUGUCAACAUGCAGAGCGUAAUAAAAACAUGGCGCGGACCGUGCGGCCCAUUAAGGUGGACGGUCCCUGGGAGAUCGUGGCAGUUGAAAUAGUAGGUCCUUUUCCAAGCACAAGUCAUGGCGGGAAUACGCACGUCGUCAUUAUAGCGGACUAUUUCAGUAAGUGGGUGGAGGCUUUUCCCGUCCAAAAGAAAGAUUCCCUCUGUGUUGCAAGAUGCAUUUCAUCAUCCAUUUACAGGUACGGUUCAGCAAAGACUGUAUUUUGCUCUCAAAGUGCCGACUUCUGUGAAGAGGUGACCAAGCACCUGAGUGAGAGAUGGAAUAUAGGACUGAAAGUGACCGCAGCAGACCAGCCGCAGUGCAACGCCCUGUAUGACCGCAGUAACAGUCUGCUGAAAGACUCCAUAAAGCAGGUGGUGGCGGAAAAGCAGGCGGAAUGGGAUGAUUUUCUCGAUCCGGUUUUAUCCCUGUUCCGGACGUCUGUUAAUCCCACAACUAAGUUUACACCAUUCUGCCUGAUGUUCAACAGAAAAGCCAGCAUGCCUGGUGAGCUGGAUCUGCUGAACUAUGAGCAGGAACCAGGCAGUUUUUCCCUCAAUGACGAGACUGAGGGCACCUUCCUCUCUGCCAUGCAGGAGCACCAAGACAAACUCAGACAAACAGUGUUUUCCAACAUGAACGCUGCUUAUAAGGAGGAGAAGAAUGCUAAACGAAGGGGCAGGAACGUGUCAUCCAUAACCCUCACCGUCACCGAACCUUUGUGCGCUUCAGAUGAGCCUCCGUCACCAAAGAAGCUGAAAGAGGGCCUGUUCCUCACCUUCCCUGUGGAGACGGUGCUCAGCGCAGUCCAGGCCACGCCGGACGACAGGAAAAACGGGCUGGAAUACACACUGCCGGGCUCGGACGUACAUUGAGCGGUUUACCUGUUGAGCGGGACACCAACGGUUUCUCAAUGGGAACAUAGGUUACGCACCAUUGCCUGAUGGAAAAGAGGACAAUACUGUAGACAGUGUGCACUCUUGAGGUAAUUGGUGGACGAUAUAGAGUUAAAGCGAGUUAUCCGGUUGAGGAGAGGAAAAGGACGUAGGUGCCCCCGGACCUGCGUAAAUGAUCUGAUGAAGGGAGUUGAUGGUGUAGCGUAAGUCUGACGAUGAGUCCGAGUCAAUCUUUGAGUCCGAUAAAGGUCAACAUGACUGUAAAGUGCUGGCGUUUGUCAAUACAGUCAUCUUAGCAUAUCAUUUCUGGAAAUUAAGCACAUUUAAAGGGGCAUUAUGGGCUAAAACUAGCAUUUGAUACAUCAUUAUACAUGUUGUGUUGUGUAGUAUUCAGUCUGCCUCCUUCAGCCUCAUCCGUUGACAGAAUUCUCAAUUUUGUGCCCUUUUUUGUCUUUUCGUCCAUCAGUGUUUUCUCACGAUGAUAGCUAGCAUGCAUUAUGCUAAUACAUGUUUUUCAGUAAAGACAUUCUGACUGCUAGCAUAGCCACCAAUGUUGAGGCUAACAGAUACAGAUGGGAUCAGCUGAACUUCUUUCUGCGUUAGCCAGCUAGCAGGAAGGAAAACACAUUUCAAGCAUCCGCCCUCAAAGCGGUUGUAGUUGUACAAGUUUCUCCCACCUUCACAAUACAUCACCAGAAAGGUUUUUAGGCUUUAAACCAGAAAAUCUCUCUCUCUGACCACUGUGGCACCACUGAAGGAGGCAAGCAGGCAUGUUUACAACCGAUAAAGCAACGGUUACAUUUUUCAUUUCAGCCAAAGUGCCCCUUUAAGACCUAUUACAGUGACUGAAGCGGAAAUGCCAGCCUUGGCAUUUGAACACAGUCACUCUAGCGCUUGUCUGAUCUUGCCAACUGUUCAGGGUUAAGAACUUAAAGCAGGUUAUUAUUUAUGAGUAACGGUUCAUUGAUUCAGUUCAUAAUAACACUGAUUUACUAUACCAGAGACAAAGCUUUGUUCAUUUCACUGAGCUCUGCAUUAGUUCUGUUUUUCUCCUCAGCAUAUCUUGCCUCAUACGAGUUGACUGGAAAGAGACUAAAUUGUGGCUUUAAAUGGGAACUACACUCAUCUUUCAAAUUUCUGCAUGAUUAAGGGGUUAAAUGUCCAAAAGGUCGUUCAGGGUGGCCUGAUGUAAAAUGCUUUGUUUUUGGGAAACUUGCAGAGUCAGAGUUGUUCACAGUGGUGGUGAUAGAAACCAGAGGAUGUUCUAAGGCGAAAUA